GCCAAGCGCAAGGGCUUCGCGGUAGUGUAGUUCCACCAAUCCCGUAGAGAUAGAGGUGAAGCAUAAGCACACUUCCUGGAUGCGGAGUAACCGCUUUGUCGUCGGAAUUUUGUUCAUUAUAAGCUGUCAAUUACAGGGCAUUCUCCGAUAUUUGCUUCCCAUUGGCUGGCCGUGCGAGUCAAGAGACAACAAAGAAAUUACAUCCGGCAAGACAGUGCAGUGAUCUGUCUGCUGAGAGACCAGUUACACUUAUAACAGCUUUUCCUGGUGAAGAAGAAACCUUUUUUAUUUAUCUUUAAGAGUGAUCGUUAAACGUUUGGAGAUGAACGGAGACUGCGUGGACGCGCGGCGCGGGGAUACAACAGUUGCUGGUUCUGAUGGGGCAUCUGGACUGCAGCCCAUGCAGGUGGAUGCUAUGCCUCAGUCACACUUCAGAUACAGCCUAAACUACCCCAACAUUGGGCACUGCAUCAUCAUCAACAACAAAAACUUUGAUCGCAGUACAGGCAUGAACCAACGCAAUGGCACUGAUGUAGAUGCAGGAAACGUAAUGAAUGUUUUUCGAAAGCUUGGAUAUACUGUGAGAGUUUACAAUGACCAGACAGUAGCACAGAUUAAACAGGUUUUAACAGCAGUUGCCCAUGACGACCACAGUCGCUGUGCUUCAUUUGUGUGUGUGAUGCUCAGUCAUGGAGAUGAGGGGGUGUUUUUUGGCACUGAUACUUCUGUGGAAUUAAAGACCUUAACUAGCCUGUUCAGAGGAGACCGCUGCCCAUCACUAGUGGGAAAGCCUAAACUUUUCUUCAUACAGGCUUGUAGAGGUACAGAGCUGGAUCCUGGUGUGGAGCCUGACAGCCAUAACAUCUCAGAUGGUCCAGUGAGGAUCCCUGUGGAGGCAGACUUCCUCUAUGCGUACUCUACUGUACCAGGUUACUACUCCUGGAGAAACACUAUGACCGGUUCAUGGUUCAUUCAGUCUCUUUGUGAAAUGAUAGCAAAAUAUGGCAACCAACUAGAGCUCAUGCAGAUCAUGACUAGAGUCAACCAUAAAGUGGCGUUCGAUUUUGAGUCGACCUCCAAUAUGCCUGGCUUUGAUUCUAAGAAACAAAUCCCCUGCAUUGUCUCAAUGCUCACCAAAGAGAUGUACUUCACUGGUUAAAGGUACAAGGGAACUUUUAGAGCUUCUCCAGCUUUUCUCUGUAAAUGUCUCAGGUGUAGGAUAUAGAUUUAGGGGUUUAGUUUAAAAGACCCUCAUUUCACAAGGAAACUUUUCAGAGGAAUUUUUUUUUUUUAAAUCCACUUAUUUACUAUAAGCAUUAGCUGGACAUGCCCAAUUUGGGAUUUCCCUGUCUCAGGACUGUGAUUGUAAAUGUAUUAUUGGCAUUUAAUGUGUUGUUUAUGAAAGUAGAUGCUCACUUUUAUCCCCUCUUGUGACCAUAUACCAUUAUGCUAAUCACUUGCCUCUUGCCUCUGGUUUUCUAAUCAAAAUAUAAUAAUAAUAAUAAAAAAAACAAUUACUAGUGGAAAGUCAUGUUGGGAUAAACUUGAUAAACUUUAAUAUGUUAUUGCACUAGUUUGACUAAAUGGGAAUCAUAGGUGGGUGUUAAAUCAGUUAAAGCAAUGGAUGGUGAGAUCCGAGAUUCCUCUUAAUCAAAGGGAAACCAGUGUGCCUAUUUAAAUGUGAAAAACAAAGAACAACAAUCAGAACUAUUCCAGGUGCUUCUCAGUGAACUAUGUUAACAGAUGUUGAUAAAACAUCUGAAAUGCCAUGUGUAAUUUUCCACGGAGACACGAUAAAUGCAUUAUUUAUAGACACACUUUGUUAAAUCAGGUUAAGCUGUGGACAGUAUCAGUGACAUCUGGUCCUCUGUCACAGAAAAAUGUGUACAUUUUGGUCUCAAAGUUGAAGUCUGCAGGCCAAACAACUGUCAAUACCAUCACUGUAAGUGCAUAAAUGUCAUCACACUUUUUGUGGUAAUGGUCAACAUCCUAUACUACCAUAGUGCUAUACAUCCUAUACUACUUCAUUAGAAUAUAACCUGGAUUGUAUCAUUCAGUAUGAUUCUGAACAUAAGCACAUGCAUGUAGCAUCAGUCACCUGAAAAAAAAACAACAACACUCAUGUAGAAUUCAUGCAUGCAUCGUGUAUGUUUAUUUUCUAAUGUAUGAAUGUAUGCUUUUUCUGUGUGUAAUUAAACAGCUCUGUAGUGCACUGGA